AAGUACAUAUCAACAAAAUAUAUGAACUUCAAGGAUUCAGUGAAAACAUUGGUGACCAAACUGUUCAAAAAAGCGACAUCUCCAAUGAAACUUAUCAAUGUGCAUAUGUUUGUAGGUUUUUUUGCUGUGAAUAAACAUGUACACUAUACAUGUAUAUCUUACAUGUAGUUCUGUCCGUACUCAGAUUUUUCAUAAAUGUGUUACAGUCUCGACUCUCGACCAUUGCAGUCAAGUCUUUUUCAGGAAAAUGACCCCAUUGACAUUGCUGAAAUGAAUCAAAUAAAGUGGAUGUUAGCCAAUAAAGGAAAUAAAAAAUCACAUGUUCAUUCAUAAAAAUCCACUUUCCUUUUUGCCAAGAAUGAUUCCUAAUUGUGUAAUAAUCUGUUUCACUUUCAUUUUGUUUGACGUAGUUUGCCUUCAGUUUUUAAUGCAAAAUAAUUUCCAAGAAAGCUACAAAUUGAUUUUGGACUGACUUAUUACAUUUAAAUAAACAAUCAAAUUUAUGCAUUUGCUUUCUUUAUUGAAACACCUGUUUGUGUGUUGUUCUCAACCUCCUCACCAUCAUUUCGGUAUUAUUUAUGAAUUAUUUAACUCUUUGCUUUGUAGGUAUGCAAUUUGAGCCUCAGUAAAAGUUUCAAUGAACCAGUGCAAAAUUGCACCCAAUGCUUUCCUUACAGAUCAACACCUUACAAAAGCCUCAAAGUAAGAAGACUUAGUUUUUUUUGACAAGGUUGAACCCUAGUAGUGAGUCAUUUCCUCUGAAGACAUAAAGCAGGGAUGAAAUCAGCCUGAACCCUUUCCCUCCUCUAUCAUUCGUGCAAUUGUGAUUGGUUAACAGCAGACACCCAACUAUCUGGUUUCCUGAAUGGCUUCCACUUUCCCACAAAAAUCAACGAUGUUUCUAGGCUAUGCUUCAUACAGGUACUUCUAGGAGUACUUCAGAAAGUUUGUUCUCUAUCAGUUGCUGAAAGCACACAAUUUCUGACAUUAAAAACAAAAGAUAUUGUUGCAACCUGCAGUAUGUUGGUAGCGUUCAGGUUUUAGAAGGGAUGCAGGGAACCGGUGUCCUGUAGACCAAUUACCAUUGCAAAAGAUGUUUCCUGACCUUUGUGUAAGGAGGGAAAUCAUGGAUUUGAUGGCCCACUGUCCUCAUCCAGACUGUGAAGAGAUUAUAGAACUCCGAAAUAUGGAGACUCAUCAAGAGAUGUGUCCCUAUGGUCUUCAGCCUUGUCCAAAUCACUGUGGUGAAAUGUUACAGCGUCGACAUAUUGACAACCACAUCAAGAAAGACUGUUCCAAGCGACCAGUCAACUGUGAAUUCUGUGACACUCUUAUACCUUUGGAUCACAAGCAGGUACAUCUAGAUACAUGUCCAAAGGUGACUAUUAGCUGUGAGUACUGCAGAGACGCUAUGAUACGAGAGAGACUUAUGGUACAUCUUAAGAAUAUCUGUCCAAAGAUGGUGGUCUUGUGUCGGUUCCAUGCGAUUGGCUGCACUGAAAAGAUGGAGCGUGAAUUGAUGGCAAAUCAUCUGUCAUCAUCAAUGGAGAAACAUAUGGAGUUAAUGGCCUUCAGAUUAGAAGGGAUGCAAGAUAGACGUAAGCAUUCCUCAUCACCCCAAGAGCAUGAGGUACCAGACCUAUCUAUGUUUGAACAGCAUGAAUAUUCAGUUUAUCCACCAAAUACAAGUCCAAAAGUCAACCAACGCAUUGCACAUUCAGGCACCAGUGGUGUGGGUACCAGUUCAUCCUCAGACACAUCAGUCUUUAGCCCGUUGCCUCUUCCCACAACAUCCGAAGUAAGCUAUGCACCAACAUUCAAGGCUGGGGCUACAGAUGUUGAGAAGCAUGCAGCCAAGACAUUGGAUCAAGACAAGAUUCCACAACCUCAUCUCAAGACGUCUACGAGCGUUCCCCAUCAAAGUGAAAAACCUCAUGUUGUUCACAGAUUCCCCUCAGCUGAACCCAGAUACCCUUGUGCUGAAUCCAGAAAUACUUCUGUCAAUUCAAGAAUCCUAGCUGCAGAUCACCGUUAUUCAACUGGAGACCUUAACGUACAAUUUCGCCGAUUUCCUUCAGUGGAAUCUGAUUAUCAAGAAUUUGAUGCUGGAAGAACCAUACAGAAAUUAUCUGGGGAAGUGCAAGCUUUGAAGGAUAAAAUGAAGGUGCAGGAACAGCGAGCAGCACUGCAGAAGCAAGAAAUGAUUGAACUUCAUCUAAGUUCCGAGCGUAAAAUAAAGGAAGUAACAGAUUCACUAGUCAAGUUAGAGUCUAGACUUUGUGGUGGUGAAUUCUAUUGGAGACUUGAAGGAUACUCUGGACUUUUGCAAGACGCUUCUAAGGGUGAGACUAGUGUGCGACAUAGUCAGGGAUUUUAUACAGGUUUCUAUGGCUAUAAAUUGUGUUUGCGAGUUAAUUUUAACUCCCCAGAUAGUGGCCAUAGCCAACAUAUCUCUCUCUUUGUUCACUUCAUGAAAGGUGAAUUUGAUGAUAUUCUUGACUGGCCUUUCACAGGCACCAUCACUCUGUCAAUUCUAGAUCAGAAUGAUGACACGUCAAAGCGAAAGCCAAUCAGUGAAACUCUUGUGGCCAAACCAGAACUAGCGGCAUUCCUUCGGCCUCGUACAAACCGUAACCAUAAGGGAUUUGGAUACAUGGAAUUUGCACCCCUAGAAAUGCUGGCAAGUGGAGCAUACAUUAAGAAUGAUAGUAUCAUAAUUAAGGUUAGAGUUCAUAAACAGACAUAAAUUGGGAAAAUUAAUUUCAUUAACAGCAAAUACAUAAUGUGUCCCAUUGUACAUUGAAUCAUGGUGCGCAUGUAAACUAAGAGUUAAAACUGACAUUUAGGAUGGAAGUACCGGUAGAAUUCUGAAGCCAUUUAUUUUUGUUUGUGUAAUUUCAGUUGAUUGAAGUUAUUAUAUGAUUUUCCAAAGUUUGUGUGGUACUAUUUGUUUCUCUUUAAAUUUCCAUAAAAGUUGUAAGUUUAAGAACUUCAGUAAUUAUUUUUGACUUUAUUACAGCUUGCAAGAAGGAACAAUGUGGCUUUGUCAAAGGGAAAAUAUUUCAAAUGUUUUGUGUGCAUGUAGUACUGAAAACAUAUAAUCUUGGAAUAAAUUGUGCAUAUUCCAAAAUGUGAUGGCAGGUGACAACUAGGACCUACUUUUAGCUCUCGUGAUCAUCUUGAGCUGGAUUGCAAUACUCUAGCUACACCCUUCAUGCAUGUAAAUUGUAAUCUCUCUUGAAACAUGUACAUGUACAUCUCCACAGUGUAAGUACAUGAAGCAAUUACGCAACACUGCGUUUUCUCAUAUUCACUACAUGUAAUGUAACUUGCCAUGUAGAAGACAUUUAAGCAGCCUACAGUAGUUUGUUAUACAUGUAUACAAUUCCAUGAUUGCAUUUCCACACAUGUCUAUUUGCCUAUGUACAGGCAAGGGAAUUCCCCUUCUGUGUCCCAUGCAGUUUGUUCUACUGUAGAAAAAAAAAUUUGGUUUAUCGUGAACAGUGCCAACCUUUUUUUUUUCAAUACAUCUAACAAGUCUGCAAUAUUGCAAACCGAAUUUAUUUUCAUAGAUUCAGCUUUACCAUGACAAUGCCCUUUUUUUGGCAGUUUUCUCAUUUUCUACAAGCUCUCUAAAGUUCUCCCAACUGCAUGGAAAAUAUUUUUAACUUUCUUUGAAAUGCCACUGAGGCAAAACCAAGUUUCCAACAUGUGACUUGACCUAUGCUGUUUCCCAGCAGUGAGCCUGCACUAGCACUGAUAUGUAGUAGUUGAUUGAUUGUCAACUCCUCAAGUUUGUGGCUUCGAUGCUGGAUGUACUGUUCAGCAGUAAACAGCCAGACUUGCAUACAUGUACAUGACCAUAGUUAACAUUUCUACAAAUAUUGUGUUGCACUGAUGGAACAGAAUUUAGGAAAAAUUUAAACUUUUUGAUUGCUUUACAAUAUUUUCAGAGUGCACUGGCCUGAAAUUUUAGCACAUCCCAUCCAGUACACAGGGGAGUUUGGAGUGAGAAGUUAGUACAGUGUUUAUAUACGUACAUGUGACCCACGAUACUUGUAGAGUGUACAUGUAUUGUAUGAAUUAUAAUAAGGACAUGCAUGCCAAUACCGGUCUGAUAAAAACUUCAUCAAAUUUCCGUAGUCCAGUUUCAUGUCUGCAGACCAAAGCUUGAAGCAGAGAGGUCUUACAUGCAUGUGCAAGGUUCCAUGGUCUACAUGCAUGUGCAGGAAACUUCACAUACUCUGUUAAUAGCACUCAUGAUCUGAGCUUGUUUGCAAUAGUAUCAUGGAGCUCUGUGCUAGUCAGCUACCGGCUCUGAGUUGUACAAUUGACCACGUGGCAUCUAUUAGUUGGCUUGAAAAAAACAAUUAGCUUGUUUGUACUUAACUAACAGUUAAGAUAAAAUAUCAUGCCAUCAAUUUGAGAUCAAGCGUGUCUUUUUUUUUAGUUCCUUUUUCACUAAAGUAGCCCUGGGUGACAUUUUAUAAGGUGUUUAAAAAUUAUGCAAAUUUUAACAUAAGUCAAUUUUUUGUUUAAGUUCCACCUGUAAAUAUUGGUGAAUUUCUACAAUGUUUUGCUGCAUAGCAAGGGUAAAUGUAUUUACCCAAAGGGGGAGGAGGCACUCAUCCACAAUAGGGGGUGGGACAAAUAGCUAUUGAGUGUUGAAAUAUUACAUAAAUGAUUAAAAGAACUGGUCACCUGACCAAGAUGACUCAUUCUGACUUGCUGAACUACACUGUAGGUACAAGAUUGAAUUAAUAGGAUUACGUUAUCCUCAGCAAUUAUCACAUUUUACUCACAGAGAAUUACACAAAUCAUCAGUGACUGUGUAUAAUUACAUGUAAACUAUGCUUGCCUAUGUAACAAUGCGUCAAGCAUGGCUAUAAAAUACUUCAAGCAAAGUGUGUAAAAUGCAAGUUGCAUACAGCCAGGAGGUACAGUGUACCAAGUUAAUAAAAGUCAUUUCAAUUGAAA